AUGGAUAAUUCAAUGAAAAGAUCAAGAGAUGAGUUCGAAGAGGACGAUUCUCGUGGCGGCCAAUUUGAAGGGUCUCAUUACAACAACUUUGAAUCUAAAAGGCAACAUAUCGACCCAGCUCAAGAAUUAACUAAUAAUAUUUGUAAAGAUAUUAGAAGACUUGGAGAAACUGGGGAUGUUGAGAAUUUAAUUGCUGAUACUAAUUAUAUAUCUAAUCCAAUCGUUGCAGAAUUUGAAAAGAUGGAUACUUUAAGAAAUGCCAUAUUGCCAACAAUUUAUGCGUUGAUCACUGAACAACCUCACAAGAUUAGUGCCAUUUCAAAUUUGAUUUUAAUCUGUAAUGCUAAGAACUUCGUUGUUGCUAAAUAUGUCAUUGAAUUCUUACAUUCAAAGAUACAAUCAUUGUUGGACUCUCAAAAAGGAUCUCCAUUCAAUCACAUUAAAAAUGUAUUAAAAUUUUUGAGUACUUUGACUCCAAUCAUCGAAGACUAUGGUAUAAUUCAAAUUUAUAAACAAUUUUUGAAUUUUGCUAUUGAUUUACAAAAGGAGAAGGAAUCAAGAGAUGGGGUGGCUCAAGAAAUCUACUAUAACGUUUUAAUUGCCAUUCCAUAUUUACUCAGUAAUGAUAAAUCUGAUGACUUGAAAACCUAUAUUAAUGAAUUGAUUGAUUUGGCUAAAGAAUUCAAAGUUGUCUCCCAACCUGCUUCAGUUUUGUUUCCAUUUGAUACUAGACUUGGUAAUUUUGAUUUACCUUACGUUCCAAAGCAAAUGGUUGACUUGAUCUUGCCGGCAUUAUUGGGCUUACAAGAAAAUGAAUGGAAUUUUGAUUUGUUUCUUGAUUUUAAACAACACUUGGACCCUGUUAUUGAAUCAUGCUUGGCUAAUAAUUCUAUUUCUAGUGAAUUGAUCAAACAUAAAUUACCACAAUUUUCUUUGCCAACAAUCACCGAAGAAUCGUUUACACCUGAUUCUAUUGAUAAAUUAUGGCAAGAGAAUCCACGUUAUUUGUUUCAAGUAUACAACAACACCACUAGUUUUGAAACUGUUCCACCAAUUGAAUCAUACUAUGGGUUAUUUUUCAAAGAUAUUGCCUUUGAUAUCUUGACUAACCUUUCUUUCAACAAGAAUGAAACUGCUAUUGAACUUAGUAUUUUAGACAUGUUUUUCAGUCAGAAAUUGUUUGCUCCACCAGGUACAAGUAUAGAUCAAUUGAAUGAAAUCAAUAAAGAUAAUGAACUGGGUAAUAACGAUCCACGCUUAUCCACUUGGAAAAUUGAAGAUGUUGCUGUGGAAAGUAUUCUUACUAUGAUUUUCCAAUUACCUGCACCAUUAGAAGUUGAAAUGUAUUAUUAUGCGGUUUUAAUUUCAUGUUGUCGUGAAUCAACUGAAUCUAUUGCUCCUGUCUUUGGACGUGCUAUUAGAUUUUUAUAUAAUCAUUUGGAAUCUUUAGAUUAUGAAUUGAAAUUAAGAUUUUUAGAUUGGAUGAGUAUUCAAUUGUCUAAUUUUGAAUUCUCUUGGAAAUGGGAUGAAUGGGUUGAUGAUUCAAAGAAGUAUAAAGAUUUGAAAUAUCAUCCAAAAAAGAAUUUCAUCAAGAAUUUAAUUGCUAAAGAAAUUAGAUUAUCCAAUAAAAAGAGAAUAAAAGAUAGUUUUCUUGAAAUGGUGGAUGAUCAAAUUGUUAAUUUAGAUGAAUUUUAUCAAUAUUUGGAUAUAAGUAUGGUUCCUGAUGUUCAAGAUUAUAUUUUAAAAUAUGAUACAGAAUUAUAUGGAGGUUCGGAAGAUAAAUUUAAAGAACUUUUGGAACAAAAGAAAUUACAAUUAUCUGAAAAAUCAACUACUACUGCUCAAGAUGAAAUAUUUUUCAAUUUUACCAAUAAUGAAUUACCAUUCCAUGAAGUUGGUUCAAAAGUAUAUGAUUUCAUUCUCACUCAUUUCAAAUCAAAUACUGAUUUCAAUGAAUUGUACAAGUCUGUGAUUUCUGAAGUUGAAGUACCAAAUCCAGAAAGAUUUGUUGUUAAUAUGAUAUUACAAACUUAUGCCUACAUUGGCUCUAGAUCUAUUUAUUCCGUUGUUAGUAUUUUGAGUAGAGAUAUUAACAAAUUAAAAUUCUUGAGUGGGGCAGCUAUUGAUUAUGUUGGAGAAGAAGCUCAAUUUCAAGAUUUACAUUUAACAGAAGAACAAAAACAAGAUAGACAAAUAUGGAUAAUUGAUGCUAUAUUUAGAAUUUGGAUUCAUCAACCACAAGUUGUAUUUUUAAUUUUGGAAUAUUUAAUUGAAUUUGGAAUUAUCAAACCAAAAUACUUAUUACAAAAGGCAUUAGAAUCGAAUUUAAUCAUUGAUAAUGUAUCUUGUAUGGAAUCAAUUAAUAGAGUAUUGGCUAAUUCAAAACUGAAAGAAUUGAUUUUACAAUUAUCUUCGGGUAUUAUUUCAAAUUUGAAUCAAUUGGAAUUACCAAAUGAUAAAACCGUUUCAAUUGAAGAAAUAAAUGAUUCAAACGCCUCUGAAGUAGAUAAACAAUGGUUAUUUUAUGAAUAUUUGGGAUUAUUAAAAUCUUAUUUCAGAAAGUAUAUUUAUCAUAACAAUGAAUAUACUGAAGAAAUUAAAGAAAUUUUCAAUCAACUUGAAAAUGUCCCAGCUAAAGAAGAAAUCUUAAGUUGGAUAAUUAACUAG